GAGCUUCGUGCUGAAUAUCAUAUAAUCACGUGAUCAUUCAUAAAUGCCAAGACAUUUAUCCCUACUACGCAGCCUCGCCCAAACCUGGCAAACCACCAGCCUCAUCUCAACCAGAGGCCUUACCCAUUUCCAAAAACCCACGAACUCACACCCGCAAACAUGUCACUCUCCUCCUACCUCGCCUCCAAAUACCUCACCGCGGACCCCGGCCCCUCCUCCUCUUCUUCCUCCACCAAAAAACGCAAGCGCAAGACCAAAGACACAUCCGCCAACACCGGCCUUAUCAUCGCCGACGACGACGCGGACUGGGCGCCCGUCCGCAAGGACGAUGAUGAGGAUACAAUUACAGCCGUGACAUCUGGGUCUACUGCAGAAUUUCGCAAAGCUAAACAGAGCGCGUGGAAAUCCGUGCGGGAGCCUACCGCCGGCGGAGGAGAUGAUGCACAGGCCGACGCGAUUGUAGCGCAAGCGGCGCGGGAGAAUGAGGAAGCGGGGAGAGGGGAUGAGGAUCCAAGUAUUGUGAAGAUGGGGGAUGGGACGCAUGCGGGUCUUCAGAGCGGCGCAGCGGUGGCGGAGCAGAUGGAGAGGGCGGCGAGGAGGGAGAGGGCGAGGUGGGAGAAAGAGGAGCGGGAAGGGGGGGGGAGGGGGAAGGAGGAGGAGACGGUGUAUCGUGAUGCGACGGGACGGAGGAUUGAUAUUAGUAUGAGGAGGGCGGAGGCGAGGAGGGAGGAGGAGGAGAGGGUGAGGAAGGAGAGGAGGGAGAGGGAGGAGAUGGGGGGGGAGAAGCAGAAGGAGGUGAGGGAGAAGAGGAGGGAGGAGCUGGAGGAGGCGAGGUUUAUGCCGGUGGCGAGGGGGGUGGAGGAUGAGGAGUUGAAUAGGGAGUUGAAGGGGAAGUUGAGGUGGGAUGAUCCGGCGAUGGCGUUCUUGACGCAGAAGGAGGAUGUUGGAGGGGGUGGGGGUGGGAGUGCGGCUGUAGCGGGGACGGGGAAGAAGACAUAUAAGGGAGCUGCGGCGCCGAAUCGGUAUGGGAUUCGUCCUGGGCAUAGGUGGGAUGGGGUUGAUCGCGGGAAUGGGUGGGAGGGUGAGAGGUUCAGGGCGCUGAAUCGGACGAAGAGGAAUAAGGACCUGGAUUUUGCGUGGCAGGAAGAUACUUGAAGGAGCUGUUGCGGUUAAUUCUGGCAGUGGUUUGGUUGUUGAGAGGAGAGACUGUAUUAUAUCCCCGUGGCACGGAAGCUUGAAUAUUGAUGAAAUCACCGUGUCGCAUCUUUGUAGGAAUUUGGAAAAUGGAUAAAUAAUGAUCUGGAUCAUAUAAAUUACUUGUUGAAUAGUAUUAUUACAUAUGUGCAAGCUGGA